AGACUGCGGCCGAGGGAACAGCCAGACCUGCCUGGACUCUGGGACCGGCCAGGGAGUCCACCUCAAGCUACGAAGAAGGGAACUACAGCAAAAGAAGUUCCGAAGUCCGCAAACCCUCCAAGACCGAACUACGGAAAUAAACCGGUGACUCCCAUGUUUGAGCCGAGGGCAUCUUUGCCAUCUUGGACGAUGGCCGUCGCCUUAGCCUUGCUUGUCUCGGGACCCUGCCCUGGGUCCACAAGGCCACUACGUGAUCCCCACGACGAUGAUGGUUUUGACCUGGAGAACUACGACCUGAACACCGUGACGGACUUGGAGACCCUGGGAGCCAACGGUUACGAAGAUAAUUAUGAUUAUGAGGACUUGGACCAAGAGAUUGAAGUGGGCACAGUAGCUGCAAGUAUUCACCAUCCAGACAGCCAAACCACAGUUGAACGCCACCAGGAAAAGGUGGUGACAAUUAAGGAACCUCUGCCUCUGACGCUGGACUUCAAAGGAUCUGGUUUAUUUGGACCUCAGACUAAAUUGGGUAUGCCCACCUGCCUUCUGUGCGUGUGUAUCAGUGGAAGUGUGUAUUGUGACGACAUCGGCCUGGAACAGAUACCCCCCAUGCCCAAGGAGACCACUCACUUUUACGGACGCUUCAACAAGAUCCGACACGUCAAAAACACCGACUUCAUGAGCCUUGGCAAGCUCCAAUCUAUCGAUCUCACCGGGAACCAGAUUUCUGAAAUGGAUGAGGACGUGUUUCGUUCUUUAAAGCAUCUCCAGCAUUUGCUGUUAGCUGACAACAACCUGCAGAUCUUGCCAGAACUGCCAGCGACCAUGAAGCGCAUUGAUCUACGAAACAACAGACUGAUCAGCCGAGGACUCCGCUCAGAGACAUUCAAGGAUAUGAGCCAGCUGCAGUUCCUGUAUCUGUCCAAUAACAACCUGGAUUACAUUCCUACGCCCCUGCCUUUGAGCCUCCGAGUGUUGCACCUGCAGGGUAACAACAUCCAGUCCCUGCAUGAAGACACGUUCUGUGACAGCCAUGACCGCAGCUUCAUCCGCCGAAAACUGGAGGACAUCCGCCUGGAUGGCAACCCUUUGAACAUCUAUCUGUUUCCGCGGGCGUAUGUCUGCCUUCCACGCCUGCCUGUCGGGGAGUCAAUGAUACUAUAGUAAGUAAUACAAACUGAAUAGACCAGGGGUCACCAACGUGGUGCCCGCGGGCA